AUGUCCCAGACUGCUCGGGAGCGCCAUAACCCUCCGCCCAGACAGAAGUCUUGCGCAGCAUGUAUCAAAGCAAAGCGCAGAUGCGAUGCAAUGUAUCCCACCUGCCAGCGCUGCGCGCAGCGUGGUAUUGAAUGCGAGUAUCUGGCGCGCAAACGCCGCAAGGCCCCAACCUCCGUCGCGCCCAUUCCUACCCCCCCGUCGUCGACUGGCUUGGCCGACCUUAAUUAUCUGUCGGGCGGGAUCCCGUCCCCCCCAGUGGCGGCGGAAUCUCUAUGUGCGGGGUUCGCUUCUGGGGAGAGCUUGUUUCCCUCUAGUAUCGACCCGCUGAUGCCCAUGGUUGAUACAACGGACUUUGACCAGGAUCCAAGUUUCCUAUCCAUGUUUGACACUAUGGAAGACACGAACCUGGGACUAGUCCAUCAGCCAUCCGUGCUAGCAGCCCCCAUACACAGAGACAUAGAUCCAAUCGUCCUGUUUCAAGACAAACUUCAGUAUGCCCUGGAUGAGAUCAAGAAGAUGCCAGCAUCGAUGGUACGCGAGAUGAAGACCCCUUGGUGUCAUUUCAGGCUAUACAAAAGCGGCAUGCCUCGCCCAAUGCAAGACGCUGUUGCAUGCUGCGCUCUUUACCUGGCUAAAAAUAAGGUUAAUGGUCCCUUCAUCAUGCGGUCCAUUGAAGUCAAGGUGAACGAGCUUAUUGCGACGCCUGAGCCCUCCGAUACCCUGGGAUUACUGGCCCGUACGCAAGCCUUACUGCUCUACCACAUCAUCCGUGUCUUUGACGGCGAUAUUGCCGCCCGUGCUGCCGCAGAACGCACCCAGUCGGCACUCGAAGACUGCGCCAUGGCUCUUAUUCCGCUGGUCAGCUUCGACUGCGACCCUCAGAAACCGGCCGGGGCAAACCUAUCAUUGGAGCCGAUCGGGCAGGUGAACAAGUUCUGGCAGGACUGGGUCUUUGACGAGUCGGCUCGGCGGACGCUCCUGUUCACUUUCUUCUUCCUGCAGAUAUACCGGGUGCUGUCGGGGCCCGUCACCGAGUGCGAUGGGAGACUGGGGCUGUGCCACACGUUCACCCUGUCCUCGUACCUGUGGCACGCGGACGGGCCCCUGACCUUCGCCAGGGCGUGGAAGGAGAGGAGGCAUCUUGUCAUAUCGAAUGCGGAUUUCCAGGCUGUGUUCAGGGAGGCUCGGGCUGACGAGAUAGACGAGUUUGGGCGCCUCCUCUUGACCACGAUACUGGGGAAGGAGGAUACGGAAUCUUUUCUGGCUUCGAGGGGUGGUUCGUUGCAGAUACCAGCUUUGAUAGCAGCCUAG